CCCCUUCACAUUCGAGACCCCUCUCUCUGACUCUUCCUCAUCAUAACAAUAAACUCAAAAGGUGCAUGUGUACCUAAAAAGAGGAGAAACAAAAUUGAAACAGUUUGUGUGAAUUUGUGUGACAAAUUAGAGAUAUGGAAGGAAUUAAUGUGUGCAAGAAGAGUUCAAAGUUAGGAAAGAAAGAUGACCUCUAUCAUGUUAUUCAUAAGGUGCCUUAUGGAGAUAGCCCUUAUGUCAAAGCCAAGCAUGCUCAGUUGGUUGAUAAGGACCCAGAAGCAGCUAUAGUAUUGUUUUGGAAGGCAAUAAAUGCUGGGGAUAAAGUGGACAGUGCCCUGAAGGACAUGGCUGUUGUGAUGAAGCAGUUAGAUAGAUCUGAAGAAGCAAUUGAAGCCAUCAAAUCUUUUAGAGGCCUUUGUUCCAAACACUCACAAGAGUCACUUGAUAAUGUUCUUCUUGACCUUUACAAGAAGUGUGGAAAAAUAGAGGAGCAAAUUGAAUUGUUAAAGAGAAAGCUAAGAUUAAUUUACCAAGGAGAGGCCUUUAAUGGAAGGACCACGAGGACUGCUCGCUCUCAUGGCAAGAAGUUCCAAGUCUCCAUCAAGCAAGAAACUGCAAGAUUAUUGGGAAACUUGGGUUGGGCCUACAUGCAAAAGGAAAACUACAUGAUGGCUGAGGUUGUGUUCAAGAAAGCACAGAUGGUAGAUGCUGAUGCCAACAAGGCUUGCAACUUGGGCUUAUGCCUCAUGAGACAAUGUCGUUAUGAGGAAGCCUAUUACAUUCUAGAAGAAGUGUUACAGGGAAAACAUCAAGGGUCUGAUGAAAUCAAAUCAAGAAAAAGAGCUGAGGAAUUGCUUGAAGAGUUGAAUGCAAAUCUCCCCCAACCUGAGUUUAUGGCUGAUUUGGACCUUGACGAUGAUUUUGUGAAAGGGAUAGAUGACAUGCUAGAUGCAUGGAACACAAAUAGAUCAAGAAGGCUUCCAAUCUUUGAGGAAAUCUCUUCCUUUAGAGAUCAAUUGGCAUGUUAAUAACUUGUCCUUAUCUUGUAGUAUUGUGUAUUGCUCUUAGGUUUAGGCUCCUGCAAAUAGCCCCUUAAUUUCUUCUCUAGUUGCCUGUUCUUCCUCUACCCUUUUUCUUCCUAAAAUGGUGAGGGGGAAAAAAGGAUAAGGUUUGCUUGUAUCUUGUAAUUUAAAUAAUAAAUAGCAAUCAAUAAAUAAAAAUAUAAUCAAUAUAA